AGACAUAUGUUGUGUCUACGUUACUGCCGGUAACUAAUUAAUUUUAAACACCCGAGUCAGUUAGCAGGCUGACAUAAGAGAAACCAGUCUACGUGACAAAGAAAAGAAAAGAUAGAGAAAGAGACAAUACGUUUUUUUUUUUGUUUGUUUUUUUUUUUUUUUGUUUUGUACGUGAGCGUUUAGACGUCUCCAUCAUUUGAUUUGUGUAGACUGUAUUCUGUGGAGGUCCUCUCAGCUUUUGUACUGUGAGCCAGAGACGAUCAUGAUCCUCCUGACUCCCUCCUCUGAUGAAGAGUCUCUUGAACUCGCCUGGCUUUGGAAUCACAGGAAGUUCAGGGUGAAAAACACUUGAAGGGUUGCUACUGCAACAUUUAAAAAAAAAAAUUGAAACUUUUUGCAGGUCAUUAUCUGUACAUACUGUCUUGGACAGUACUAUGACUUGAGAGAAAAUAAUAAGCUCACAAGAGAGGAGGCAGACAGAAAACAGAGAUUUCUUUGUCUUCAUUAAAAAGUAUCACAGCUUUGUGGGGGCAGAGGCAGCUUUUGGCUGGAGAGAGGCAGAGUCAGCGGUCAUUCCAACUUGCUGACUAAGAUAGUGAACGUAGCUUUUUACUAUAGUUCUUACAGCAAAUUUACAACUAAACAUAUCAAGUUAUAAUUACAACUUUUACUGAUUGCACUUGAAGCAAACAUAUAGCCUGUUAAACUGUUACUACUGAUAAUAUAACCUCAUGCAGUGAAGUAUUUGAAUGUAAACUGCAUGUUAUAAAAACAUGGAAACCAGGUGAGGUUGUAGACUAAUCUUAUCCCACAAUCUCCAUUAAAGCCUGGGCUGCAGUCGUAUCAAUAGAUUUGAACAGUUAGCUAUGCGAGGGCUACUGCCAUGUCCUUGUCUUAGGUUACUAUGUUUGAUCAGAGCUAACAGGCUGAAUGAUCUCAGGUCUGGUAUGUGUCAAUGCAGUAGGUCCAGCUCACACUCACUGUAGUUAAUGGUGUAGGUGGUAGUCCCCUAAAUGUCCAUAGCUUGUUCCCCACACCAGUAUUUGUGUGUAUUUGACCCCUGAUAAGACCACGUUUCAGUGCUAACACUUCACAUACAUCAUGUUCAGAUAUUGUAUCCUUUUGAAAAAAAUGUUUUUCUUCCACAUAUUAUCUCAAUGUUGACCUUUAAUGCAUGUCAUUGUGGCCAUUUUUUUGUUAAAGUUAGAAUAUGUAUAUGUUUAUUGCAUACUUAUAACUGAUGAUUAUGUAAUAAGUAGGUGAUCAGGCACUCUUUAAUGUUGCAUGCUGGAGGCUGCGCACACCGCAUUGAAUGAAUGUACAAAUUUAACAAAUGCAUUUUAGUGAUCUGAAAAUGGAUGAAUGUAUCGUAAGGUUGGUCUCCGUCCAAUAAACAUACGUCUUGGUAAGUGAUACUUCUUUUACAUAAGACGGAGGAUUCAGAUUCAUAGUUAUAUUUCGAUUUAAAUACAGAAAUAAAAGAUAUACAAAAGAUUAUUAUUCAGUUGCAGUGUGACAGGUAAAUCGUUAAGUUUACUUUCAGAAUUUUUACACUUUUUUUCCUCACCGCUGAACUGAAGUUUGACUCAAACUGUGAUAUCAUUUGUAGACUCAUUCACAUUCAGACUCGUUCAUCAAAAGGUCAGCUGGUAUACGGUCACCCAAUCACAGUUUAGCUUUUCUCUUAAACCACAGCAGAGGUUAUUUAUCUAACACAGACAACUACUAACUGCCGUUGUUGUGUGGUCUCAGGUUUCUUCCAGUGUACCAACAAGCUCUUCCUGAGUGAUCAGGCCACAGGGCUCCACAUCAAGGAGUUUGCACGUAAAAAUGCAGCGAAUGCUCUGUCGGUUUCCAACAUGGUCAUGGGCAUGGCCUCCAUUCUCAGCAGUCUUAAUGGGCACCAUCAUGCUGCAUGUUGGCUGGUUCUGAUUGGCUACCUGCUGGAUUUGGCAGAUGGAGCAGUUGCCAGGCGACUCGAUGCCUGCUCUGCACUGGGUGCAAAGCUAGAUGAUUUUGCUGACUUCACAACCUUCGGCAUCGCCACGUCGCUGCUCCUGAGGACAGCUGACCUGCUGGACAACUUCCUGUGCAUGUGUUACGUCCUGUCUGUGUUCGUCCGCCUCUGUUUCUUCUCAAGCGGGAUCCCAUUCAUGUACCGGGGCCUGCCCUGCAUCUACUCCUCAGCCAUCCUGGCCAGUGCCUCUCUGCUGUCAGGGGGAAACAUGGCCGUGCUGCGUGUCAUCGCAGUGGCUAUGAUCCUUUUCAUGAUCAGUCACAACUUCUACCCCCAUGACAGAGUGCUGGAGUCCCAGGCAUGGAAGAAAGUAGUUUACGCUGGAGGAGUUGUCAUGGUGUUCUGCUCUUCCUUCCCCCCUGCCUGUGCGUACUAUCUGCUGUGGUCCGUCUCCUACAUUUUGUUCCCAACAUCCCUUUGGAGCAGUAAAGUGUAAAAAGUGUGCUGGCUCUGUCCAAAACUACCAUUAGGUUUACCUCUGGCCCAUCUGGGUGAAGUGAGGCUUCCAGACUUGCUGCUGCUCCCCACUGCCAUGGAGGAUUCAAGCUGAACAUGCCCAUACACCACUGGCGAACACUUUCUCUGUCUAACCUUUAUUUUGAUGUGACACCUCUAAAACAUAAACCCAGACUAAAGGGAGUUAUAAUGAGGGAUGGGAAGGACAUUUUAACAUUACUGGUAAAGAUUAACCUUCAUGCUGUCUUAAUGCCUUUGUUGCAUUUUCACUGAAGCCAAGGGUUGGGUGGCUUGUUCCAAAAACUGAAUGAAUCUACUAUAUGAUUUCUCAGCAGCAUUUCCAAGAUGCCCUUUCUGGUAUAUCUAAACACAGUAAUUAGCAUUCAUGCACUAUGAUGAGUUUAACUGACAUCUGUUAAUGUUUGUAUCAGGGUUGGGGCCAAUUAACUUUCAUGGUAUUCAGGUCUGGAUAUGUCCUUAAAAUCCACGUUUUCCAUUACAAAUCCAGCCAGAGGAAUCUUUUGAACAUAAUGGUUCUGUCAUUCUUAUUAUUUAAUUUGCUGUUUGAAUGUAUGUUUUAAAAAGGUUGAACUGAAAGCAAACUGACCCCAACCCAAGGGUAAAUUGGGUACUUGUGUUCUGUUUUAAGACUUUUAGCUUUUUUCCAAGCUGUGACUCAGUCCAAGAAAAGAUGUGUUAGACCUUUGUAUUUCUUCUAUGUGUGAUUUUAUUGGGUCAUUGCAUGUGUUUGCCUCUGUUUUAAGAGGCAUUGCAGCUUAAAUAUCAAAUCCACACUGGAUCACCAACACCUCUCAUAUUGAUUCUCUGACUGCAGCCGAAUCAGUGAUGACACUGCAGGGUUUUUUUUCCCCAUCGCUUGUCAAAACACCUGCAGUGACUUUUAUCGAUUGAGGUCAGAAAUGCAACAUGAGUAGAAGUUGCAAUCCAUAAAUAGCACUGCAGCAGCAGCUCUCUGCCUCAGGUGAUUCAGUGUGAAUUUACACGUAAAGAGCAACAACAACACAGGCUGCAAAUCCUCCUUUUCCUGCCAUCUAGUGGGUAAAGAUUUCAACUCGCUGUUGUUAUACCACCACAGUCGAUGUUGGCUGUGAUCAAGAGCAGCAGCACUGAAACUUUAAAUCCACAGGGGUCAGGGAAGGAAAGAAUAAGUGUGUUGUUACUCUUUAGCUUGGCCAGUAUUCAGUCUGAGGAACAUCAUAUUUUUGUAGACCAGUCCUUUAUAGCAAGGACAACUUUUUGGCAUCUCUCAUCGUGUCUCACAAUGGGUAUAUGUGCCUCGCUGAAUUGUGUGUGGCAAAUGGGGAGAUUGUAUAGUUUUAUACGAAUUUGUUCAGAAGCCAGAUGAAGAUGACAUUAAUCUUUAAGUUUGUAAUCAGAGGUGUCAGAAUAAAAGGUAUGACAUCACUCACAUUGUUCACACUCACCUCAUUUUAAUGAUUUGAACCUUGUAUAAACCAUAACUCAUAGUGUUAACACUUUAUGAGUUAUCUCCAUAACAGAGUUUUCUGAGGGAAAACUGAGAAGACGGAGCAGGAUUUCAUAAAUCAAGUCCUCUGUUAUAAAAAUACUAAUACAAAAGAUCACGUCCUCUGAUUCAGAUAUUGAUUUAAACCUACUUUGGUUUAUGGUAACCGACGUUGUGAGGAAAAAAAACAGUAUAAAGUGCAUACACAGAUUGAACACAAAUACAAAUCUACUCUUGGACAUUCAGUAGUGCAUUCAGCUUUCCUGUGUGGGUGUUUUGGUUUUCAAACUGUAAAUUCACAGUAAUGUAUGCAUGCCCAGAGCAUUAUAGAUACAAAAACUGUACUCUGCCCAAUGAUAAUAAAAAAAAAGAAUAUAAGAUCUGUGCAUCAGUCUGUACAUUUUGACAAUAAAUAUAAAAAGAAAACAA